UUCCGGGGACACAUUUAAGUGACGGACUAAAUGUUUGUUCGUGUCGUAGAUUAUGAACUAUACAUGUAUUAAUCGAGUUUUGGUUGCUAAAUAUGAAUAGAAACAAAAAAUAUUGCAAAAUGUAAAUCUUUCAAACAUGCCGUUCGCAUUUUUGGGUGUUGUUUUAAAGUUUGCUCGCACGUAGCUCUUAAAAGGUGACUUCCGGAAAUGUUGCUGACUGCAUGUCGGUUGUCCAAAGCGCUGCAGCUCACCCUGGCGGUCGUUAAACCAGACGCAGUGGCUAAUCCUGUCAUUCUGGAAGCUCUUCACCAGAGUAUCCUAGACAACAACUUUGCUAUUGUUCGACUUAAAGAUCUGGCGUGGAGACGGCAAGACUCUGAGAGGUUUUAUGCAGAGCAUUCAGGGCGAUUCUUCUACCAAAGACUUGUUGAAUUCAUGUCAAGUGGCCCGAUGCGAGCGUACAUUUUAGCCCGAGAGGACGCCAUUCGCCACUGGAGGGAACUGAUGGGACCGACCAAAGUGUUCCGAGCCCGAUACACCUCCCCCGCCUCGUUACGGGCUCGUUUCGGGCUCACGGAUACGCGCAACACCACUCACGGCUCAGAUUCCGUCCAGUCGGCACAGAGAGAAAUGGCGUUUUUCUUCCCGGAUUUCCAAGUAGAGGAGUGGAUGCAGAGGGAGGAGCCGGCAUUCCGGUUGGGACGGAUAUGUUACGAUUCUGGAAAACACGUCCAUGUACUUGCGAAGCAGAGAUAAUGAUGGAGGAACAGGAGAGUCAAAAUAUGUCAAUAAGUUGAUUUGGAAAUGAAAUAAAAAUGUUGAAAUUGUAAUAGA